GGCCGCGGCGGCGGUUUCACACGAAUGGGGAGCCGCCGCCGGGUAUAAAAGGGCGGGGGGGCGCCGUCCGCCGGUACUGCCGGCCCCGCCGCGCCGCUGCCGCCGCACGCGCCCCGCGCCCGCCGCCGCACGCGCCCGCCCGUUGCCGCCGCCGCCGCCGCGCCAUGCCCGCCGACACGGGCAUGGAGAAACCGACCGCCUCACCCAUCGCGGGGGCGCCGGCCAGCGCCAGCCACACGCCGGACAAACCGCGGAGCGCCAGCGAACACCGGAAGGUAAAUGGCGGUUGCCGGUCGGGUCGCAACGGCGGAGGCGGUGGUGGUGGCGGAGGCGGCGGCGGCGGCGCUGGAUGGCGGCGAGCCCGCGGCCGUGCUGAGUCCUCCAAGCCCAUCAUGGAGAAACGGCGCCGGGCGCGGAUCAACGAGAGCCUGGGGCAGCUGAAGACCCUCAUCCUGGAUGCGCUGAAGAAGGACAGCUCCCGGCACUCCAAGCUGGAGAAGGCGGACAUCCUGGAGAUGACCGUCAAGCACCUGCGGAACCUGCAGCGGGCGCAGAUGACGGCCGCUCUCAGCGCCGACCCCACCGUCCUCGGCAAGUACCGGGCAGGAUUCAACGAGUGCAUGAACGAGGUGACGCGAUUCCUGUCCACCUGCGAAGGGGUGAACACCGACGUGCGUACCCGCCUCCUCAGUCACCUCUCGGCUUGUUUAGGCCAGAUCGUGGCCAUGAACUACCCGCCGCCGCCGGCCGGUCAGCCCGCACAUCUGGCGCAGCAGCCUCUGCACGUCCAGCUGCCCCCCGCAGCGGCCGGAGCCGUGCCCGUGCCCUGCAAACUGAACCCCGCUGAAGCCCUGUCCCCCAAGGUCUACGGGGGCUUCCAGCUCGUCCCUGCUACCGACGGCCAGUUUGCUUUUCUCAUCCCGAACCCGGCCUUUCCUCCCAAUUCUGGACCGGUUAUUCCCCUGUACGCCAACGCCAACGUCCCGGUGUCCGCGGGCAGCGGCUCGGGGAACGCGGCCGCCACCCCGUCAGCAUCCCCGGUGCAGGGGUUGACAUCAUUUGGGGGCAGCAUUGUUCCAGCAUCCCAGGCGGGAAGUCCCAUCGGAGAGCGAAGUGAAUCCGUGUGGAGGCCUUGGUGACUUGCCCAAAACCAUUACCACCCACCCACCUCCC